CCACCGCAGCCGUAGCUGGCCUCGGCUCACGUGACCCGCGCACGCGUUGGGGGCGGAGCCCCUGCACUGCCCCUCCCAGGCUCCCCCGGCUCAAGGACCUGCCCGGUGUGCGCAUGCGCAGUGGUUGCCGUGACAACCAGGGAGGUGUUGGAUUGAUUGCAGAGCCCUAGCUGGUGUUACUGAGGAAGAAAAGCAAGGCUUUCCCGGUGAGGCUGAAGAGUGACUAGUACCAGGUGUUCGGUGUUAGGAGAAUAAGCAUGCACCCCGGGGCCUCGGAGCUCGCGGCGCAGGAGGUAGUGGGGCUGGACUGCGAGCAGAAGCCCGACCACGGCGACGUGGACCAAAGGGCCAGCAAGAAAGAAAUUAAUGAUCCUAAGGAAAUAUGUGUGGGUCCUUCUGACACACCCUGCCCAAGCCAGCAGAAACAGAGUGGCGAUAGCGAAUCAGUCAGUCACUUAGCACAACCAAGCAGUGACAGGGAGGAUCGGGGGCCCAGAAUGACUAAACAGUUCCUACAAAAGCUCUGCAAGCAGCACAAGCUUUACCUCACCCCGGCACUGAAUGAUGUGCUGUAUUUACACUUUAAAGGGUUUGACUGCAUUGAAAACCUGGAGGAGUACACAGGUCUGCGCUGUCUCUGGCUGGAGUGCAACGGAAUACGGAAAAUCCAGAACCUGGAGGCCCAAACUGAGCUGCGCUGCGUCUUCUUGCAAGCGAACUUGCUUCAUAAAAUUGAGAACCUGGAACCUCUGCAGAAACUGGACACUCUGAACCUCAGCAACAAUUACAUCAAGACCAUCGAGAACCUCUCGUGCCUCCCCGUCCUGAACACGCUACAGAUUGCCCACAACCACUUGGAGACGGUGGAAGACGUCCAGCACCUGAAGGAUUGUUUGAAGCUUUGCGUUCUUGACCUUUCCCAUAACCAGCUGAGCGAUCCGCAGAUCCUGAGCAUCCUCGAAAGCAUGCCUGCUUUGCGUGUCCUCAACCUGAUGGGAAACCCUGUUAUCAAGCACAUCCCUAAUUACCGAAGGACAGUCACCGUGCGGCUGCAACACUUGACCUACCUCGAUGACAGGCCAGUUUUUCCAAAGGACAGAGCGUGCGCCGAGGCCUGGGCCCGAGGAGGGUACGCGGCGGAGAAGGAGGAGAGAGAGCUCUGGGAGAGCAGAGAGCGGAAGAAGAUCACAGACAGCAUCGAGGCCCUGGCCAUGAUCAAGCGGCGGGCAGAGGAGCGCAGGAGAGAGAAAGAAGGCCGAGAGGGAGGUGCGAUGGCCCCGGCAGACAGCAAGGACAGGCAGAAUGAGUGCCACGCGGCAGGGGACACGCAGCAGAGCCUGGAGCUGUUCGCGAAGGACAGCUUCGAGGCCAGGGCCGAGCUGUUCCCGGAGGAAGCGUGGCCUGAGGGUGUCUCCAGCAGAAAGGCAGAAGCUGGGGUGCCUGCAGGGAGCCUGUCUGCCCCGCACCCUGUGCCCCUGGAAGUGUCAGCGUCCCUUGAGAUGGUGGCUGCUGAAGGCGCGUCAGCUACAGAGCCUUGUGGGACCGGAACUGAGGACGCAGGGGCCGUUGGGACCGAGAAGCUCUUUAUUGGGGACCUGCCCGACUUGGAAGACAUGGACGACACAGGAGCACCUUUGGAUGACCAGGACAAGGAGUGGUGCUUUCCGAAAAUUGAGGCCCUCCCAAGUGGGACUCCUGACCGGGAUACUGAGCUGGACGGUGCAGCCCUCCCCAAGCCAGAACACUCGCCCGCAGGUGCCCUUUCUCACAUAUUCGCAGUCUCUAGGGACACCUCAAAGAAGGCCAAGGCACCUUUUGAAGACAUUUUAAACAAAGAAGUGACGAGAGACUUGGCAACCCAAAGUAAAAAUACCAAGUUCAUGAGACCGCUCAUUCAGGAGCUUGGAGAUGAGCCCUCCGGCCAAGCACUACGCUCCCCCCGCUGCAGAAGAGACAUCUUGGAGAGCAGGGACGGGGACCGGGACCGGGACCUGCCUGGAGCCUCUUCCCCAGGGGACAGAACUGAAAAGGACAAAGUGCAGCCUGAGGUGGUGUCCCGGGAGCCCAGUGUGGGGACAGGCCGGGGGGACGUGGAAUUCUCCCUGGACUGAAGCCAGGGGCCCACCGCCG